AUGAGCUGCUCUGAGAACGGUUCCUAUGUGCUGAAGCUGGGAAACACUGAUGAAGAUGUCUAUUAUGGCAUUGAGGGCCAGCUUUGUGCCUGUGUGUGCAUGCCUUAUAGACAGAAGACAUGGGAACUGAAAAUGGCUGGUGGCAUAACGGCCAUCGCAAUUGGUAACCAAGCGAAUGGCACAAAACACGCCUUUGUUGGAACGUCAAAUGGGAUGCUCAUUCUCAUUGUGAACUUGACAGGGGAGGAAGCUCCACGUGAUCAGUACAGUCAAAUCCUCGGUUUCAUUGCCAUCUCCAGCAUCUCCAUAAUUGGCACACAAGUGUGGUGUGCUUGUGGUUGCGUCUUAGAGAUAUUUGAUGUAACGACUUUUGAUCAUUUGCGCAAAAUUACCAUAUCAGAGAACCCCUUGGACAGUAUCUGCUGUCUUGCCGCCUGUCCAAACGGUGUUUGGACGUCGUUAGUUGGCAAAACUUCCCUCAAGCUCUGGUCCACCAGCACAUUCGAGCCCACCUGGUACUGCGAUAUUAGCAGAGAUCUAACGUCAACAAGUCCUGAUAUUGAAGGGGAAAGCGAGAAUCCGGACAGAGUGACUGCAAUACUGGCAACCAGUUCAUAUCUCUUCGUUGGUACUGCCUCGGGCAUUGUUUGUAUCUACAAGACGCUUAAAUGGAAGAAUCCAAGUCGACCACAGAGUAAGCUCUGUUUUGAAAGGCGACUCUGUAAAAAUCGUUAUAGUGUGAGUGUCGCUGACAUCUUUCACAAUCAAAAAUCCCAACAAUGGGGACUGCGUUCGUCCAUCAAUAAGGGGCACCUUGACUCGGACGUAGACGAGGUUCCUUGCACCACCAUUCCCCAGGCGGAGUCAGUGAGGUCGGCUUUACAAGAGGACCUCAAGUUUUCACCUUCCAUCAACCCCGCUGGUGAAGCAAACCAAAAACCAAAUUUGCUCAGGAAUGUGUUGCAAAAGACACGAAGUCCUUCGGUCAACACGCCCAAUAUUAACUUUGAGAAGGAUGUGAAGAUCACGAGGUCGCCAAUUCGCGCCUUUUUACAAGUGACAAAUAGGCAAGGCGUCUGCGUGGUGUCCUUCUCUCAACGCUGCAGUGAGGCUGAGGCCGUCGUCAAGUGGGCACCACAAUCCAAGGAUGUGAGUUGUCUGAUGCUCUCGUCUGGCAAAUGUGUCAUUGCCACUCCUCUUCAGGCCACGCCUUGUCGCUAA